AUGGCUGGAAAGGGGGAAGGACCGGCUAUUGGUAUCGACUUGGGAACUACCUAUUCAUGCGUGGGUGUAUGGCAACACGAUCGUGUUGAGAUCAUAGCAAAUGAUCAGGGUAAUCGUACGACGCCGUCCUAUGUGGCCUUCACUGACACCGAGCGUCUUAUCGGAGAUGCAGCCAAGAACCAGGUCGCCAUGAACCCUGUUAACACAGUUUUUGAUGCAAAGCGGUUGAUUGGUAGAAGGUACAGUGAUCCAUCGGUUCAGAGUGACAUGAAGCUUUGGCCAUUCAAGGUUAUUCCUGGGCCGGGCGACAAGCCAAUGAUUGUAGUGACCUACAAAGGUGAAGAGAAGCAGUUCGCUGCAGAGGAAAUCUCCUCCAUGGUUCUCAUCAAGAUGAAGGAGAUAGCCGAGGCUUAUCUUGGAACGACGAUUAAAAACGCUGUUGUUACUGUCCCUGCCUACUUCAAUGACUCUCAGCGUCAGGCCACGAAGGAUGCUGGAGUCAUUGCAGGGCUUAAUGUGAUGCGUAUAAUUAACGAGCCAACGGCUGCAGCCAUUGCGUAUGGCCUUGACAAGAAGGCUGGAAGUUCGGGCGAGAAAAAUGUGCUUAUAUUUGAUCUUGGUGGCGGUACAUUUGAUGUCUCUCUUCUCACUAUUGAAGAGGGUAUAUUCGAAGUGAAGGCCACUGCUGGUGAUACUCACCUCGGAGGAGAAGAUUUUGAUAACCGAAUGGUGAAUCACUUUGUCCAGGAGUUCAAGAGGAAGAACAAGAAGGACAUAAGUGGAAAUCCUAGAUCUCUUAGGAGAUUGAGAACUGCUUGCGAGAGGGCGAAAAGAACGCUCUCAUCAACUGCUCAGACUACAAUUGAAAUUGAUUCUUUGUACGAGGGUAUUGAUUUCUACACUACCAUAACUCGUGCAAGGUUUGAGGAGCUCAACAUGGAUUUGUUUAGAAAGUGUAUGGAGCCAGUUGAGAAGUGUUUGAGGGAUGCUAAGAUGGAUAAAAGCAGUGUUGAUGAUGUUGUCCUUGUUGGUGGCUCGACUAGGAUUCCUAAGGUACAACAGUUGUUGCAGGAUUUCUUCAACGGUAAGGAGCUCUGCAAGAGCAUUAAUCCGGACGAGGCUGUUGCGUAUGGUGCUGCUGUACAAGCUGCAAUUUUGAGUGGUGAAGGCAAUGAGAAGGUACAAGACCUUCUGCUCUUGGAUGUUACACCGCUGUCUCUCGGGUUGGAGACUGCUGGAGGUGUCAUGACUGUACUCAUUCCAAGGAAUACCACUAUUCCUACCAAGAAGGAGCAAGUGUUCUCUACCUAUUCUGACAAUCAGCCCGGUGUGUUGAUCCAAGUGUUCGAGGGUGAAAGAGCAAGAACGAAAGACAACAAUUUGCUAGGGAAAUUUGAGCUCAGUGGCAUACCACCAGCACCUCGGGGCGUUCCUCAAAUUACUGUUUGCUUUGACAUUGACGCAAAUGGCAUCUUGAAUGUUUCAGCUGAGGACAAGACAACUGGCCAGAAGAACAAGAUAACCAUCACUAACGACAAGGGAAGACUGUCAAAGGAAGAGAUCGAAAAGAUGGUACAAGAAGCUGAAAAAUACAAAUCUGAGGACGAGGAACAUAAAAAGAAGGUGGAAGCUAAGAACGCCUUGGAAAACUAUGCUUACAAUAUGAGGAACACUAUCAAAGACGAUAAGAUUGCGUCGAAGCUUUCUGCAGCUGACAAGAAGAAAAUCGAGGAUUCCAUUGAGUCGGCUAUUCACUGGCUGGAAGGUAACCAACUUGCGGAGGCAGAUGAAUUUGAAGACAAAAUGAAGGAGCUGGAGAGCAUAUGCAACCCAAUAAUUGCGAAGAUGUAUUCUGGAGGUGCUGGUCCGGACAUGGCUGGAAGCAUGGAUGAAGAUGGUCCUUCUGUUGGUGGCAGUUCUGGUGCAGGCCCUAGGAUUGAGGAAGUGGAUUAA